AUGAAACCACCAUUAGACUAUCGCGAGUUUUUCUCAUUUCACAUUCUUUUCUUCAAACUAACUGGCUUCUGGAAACCUGAUAAACACAUGCGGUACAAAACUGUCUAUGAAAUCUACAGUUUUAUCUGUAACAUGUGUUUCGUCUUAUUUCUUCUAUCACAAUUUAUCUACAUGUACCAAAACAUAGACGACGUGGAUAAAAUCAUGUCAGUUUUCUACUUGGCAGGUCCAUUCAUUGUAAACAUGUUCAAAAUGUUGGCGGUUUACAGAAAAUUCGACGAAAUAAAAAUUCUAAUGAAGAAAUUAAACAACACCGUGUUUCAACCGAAAUGUGAGCAACAUCUGGAAAUCGCUUUUAACCAGAAAAAAUUCCAUAAGAUAUUCUUUCAUCUUUGUCUCUAUCUAGGCUUGCAGACUUACUUGCUAUUCUAUCUUUGUUUCUUUUUGAACGAUGACAUGGUAACACCAGCCCAAGGGUGGUUCCCCUUUGACUACACACGCUCACCUUAUUUUGAAAUGGUCUACAUUUUCCAAAACGCUGUUAUAUUGUGGAACACAGUGAACAUAGUGAACGUAGAUGUUUUUUGUGCAGCAUUCAUGAUGCAGAUUGGUAUGCAAUGCGAUUAUUUGUGUACAACUUUAAAUAAUCUGAAUCUCUUUCGCGUUAAAAAUGGCACUUUGACUCAGAUGGACAAACAAGAUGUGGUUAAGGAGAAUGACGCGUGCUUCUCUAGUGUUAUGCUAGAGAACUUGAUUGUUUGUAUUCAACACCACAGGGACAUUAAAAGAAUAGCCAAUGAAAUCGAAAGCAUUCUACGCAUUGGCGUUUUUAUUUUGUUUUGUGGAGGCGGCGUAAUUAUAUGUUCAGGACUAUUUCAACUCUCAACUGCUAGUAUUGGCAGCAUGCAAAGUAUCAUGUUAGUUUUCUACACAAUUAGCAUGCUGACAGAUCAAUUUGUGUAUUGUGGAUUUGGAAAUAACGUUAUUGAAAAGAGUAGUAAUAUCUUCAGAUGUGCUUAUAACACACCCUGGGUAGAAUGUGAUAUAAGAUUUAAAAAGAUUCUUUUACAAUUUAUGACAGAAACAAAAAAUCCUAUGCGAAUAAGGGUUGGAGGCAUGUUGGUCGUCUCAAAUGCAGUGUUUAUGUCGGUUUCUAAAUCAUCGUAUUCAAUUUUCACUCUUCUGAAGAAAGUUCAGGAAUAAGUAUUAAUAAUUAAUAAUAUUGUUUGCUGCACUUCUAGAUACGUAUACUAUAUAAGAAUAAGUGUUGAAAUUAAUAGAUAAUUAUUGUUUGCUGCACUACUACAUAUACUACAUAUAUAUAGUAUAGUAUAGUUGAUCCAAAAUAUGGCAUAACCUAGACAUCCAAAGUGAAAGUUAUCCUCCAACACCAAAUUGUUCUAUAUGGUCCACACAAUG